AGGGGAGGGGGCUGAUCUCCCCCCCUGCAAACUCCCCCACCCCGCCUCGCCUGGCAAGUCGAUGGGAGCCCUGGAUCCAGCCUCCGGAGCUAGCAGCCCCGCGCUCACCAUGCUGAAUGGCACCGACAGCCAAAGUUUUGCCAAGGAGCCGCUGGAUCUGCAGGGGGCCAAGGAGCCGGCCGAGCUGAAGAUGGGCGUCCCGGAGCGGUUCUACUUCCCCGACGCCCCGGCUCCGGAGGGCUGCUCGCUGAGCCUGCCCUACAGCCCCCCGAUGGUCCCCGGGGGCUUCACCGGGGGCGCCCCGGCCACCGGCCGCUUCCUCAGCCCGGCCCUGAACAGCUGCUCCGCCUACAGAGCCCAGCCGCCGCCCGCCGCCACCCAGCCAGGCAGCCACGGCUUCGGGCUGCCUCCCGGCGAGCUCUACCCGGGCGGCGGCGAGCUCUACCCGAGCCCGGCGGCGGGGGAAGGCUGCUACCCGGGCGCCGUGCAACACGUGUUCCCCCGGGGCCCGCUGUACCCGGUGCCCGGCUACCAGCUCGCCGGCAAGGUCCAGGUGAUGCUCAACAACUACCCGCUCUGGGCCAAAUUCCACAAGCACCAGACCGAGAUGAUCAUCACCAAGCAGGGCAGGCGGAUGUUCCCAUUUCUCAGCUUUAACCUCUCCGGGCUGGACCCCGUGGCUCACUACAGGGUCUGCGUGGACAUCGUCCUGGUGGAUCAGCACCACUGGAGGUACCAAGGCGGGAAGUGGGUCCAGUGCGGCAAGGCCGAGGGGAAUAUGCCAGGUAACCGGCUGUACAUCCACCCCGACUCGCCCAACACUGGGGCCCACUGGAUGCGCCAAGAGGUCUCGUUCGGAAAACUCAAGCUCACCAAUAACAAAGGGGCGUCCAAUAACAUCACACAGAUGAUCGUGCUGCAGUCACUGCACAAGUACCAACCACGGCUGCACGUGAUGGAGGUGAAGGAGGGGGAAGGGGAUGAGGCCUACCCCUCCGGCAACACCCAGAGCUUCAUCUUCCCGGAGACGCAGUUCAUCGCCGUCACAGCCUACCAGAACGCUGACAUCACUCAGCUGAAAAUCGACCACAACCCCUUUGCCAAAGGCUUCCGGGACAACUUCGACUCGAUGUACACGACGGCAGAGGGCGACCGCGUGACCCCAUCCCCGCCUGACGCCACCAGCUGCCAGCAGCUCCUGCCCGGCAGCCGCUUCCCAUCCUUCCUGCACGAGCAGUACCCACUGCCCCAGAGCCGCUACUACAACGGGGAGCCGCUGCAGCACAAGGAUCCCCCCCGCUGGUACUUCACCUCCCAGCAGCCCCCCACCGCCCCCCUGGAUUACAGCGCCUACGAGGGUAGCUACAGCGGGAACAAGUACAUGCCCUUCGGCGUGAAGGCCUUCCCCCUGCCAGCCUCGCCCCACGCCACGCUGCCCUACUACCAGGAGCCCCACCCCUUUGGCUCGCCGUCUGCCACCUGGCAGCCACCCGCCAAGCCCAGCCCCGGGGCGCUGGGCUGGUUCCGGCCCGUGCGGGAUAUCAGGCCCCUGCCCGCUGGCGAGGAGAAGGGGAAGGACGCGGAGGGCUGGGCCGAGCCAGCCUCGGUCAAGUCGGUGGACUCCUCGGACUCAGGCCUGUUCGAGGCGGAGUGCAAGCGGCGCCGGGUGUCGCCCUACGCUUCCAGCGCCGAGAGCUCGCCCCCCGCCCGCAACGGGGACCUGUACGACAAGGACGGGGGCGCCGACCCCGGCUACUACGGGUUCUAUGGCAACUGAGGGGGGCAGGGAGGGAGUGUUUUCCUGGUGCUGAUGGGCUGGAGCUCCCCUGCCCCCCAAAUCAUAUCAGGUGUCCCCUGGGAAAGGGUGUAACGGUGGGGCGGGGGGGGCAGUUGCUGCAGACAGGCGCAGCAGAGGAGGUGAAGGUGGGGGAGGGGGGGAAGUUUCUGUGGGUGACUUCACCCCCCGCCCCCCAGGUGCACAGUUCAAGCCCUGCCCACACAAAUGUUACAGGUUGUUGGUGUGUGUGUGUGUGCGCGCAAGGCUGGGCCCUGCUGGCCCAUGUUUGUGCAUUGCCACGUGUGCCCUCCUGUGCCAGUGUGUGCAGUCGCACAUAGGGGGAGGAGGCAGCCACAGAGGUGCUCACACCCCUGUGCAUUUACACACUGACCCAUGCCCCAGUCGCACACGAGCACAUGGCUGCACUGUUGCACGUGCCUAUUCACCUGCAGCAGUUGCACAUAUACGGGGGGGGGCUCACACGUGAGAGAAAACUGCGCACACCUGUGUGCAUGGGCGUGCUUCUUCAUUGGUGUCCUGACACACUCCCCCUCUAUUAAAUUAGGCAAACACCCAACAAGGGCACCCCCUGCCUCCCCCAAAGCACCAUCAAUGCUGUUACCCUGCAGCCAGCCAGGAGCAGCAGCGGGUGAGAGCAGCAGGUCUGGCCUGACCCUGCUUAUCACUGACGCCCAGAGUGCCUGUCCUGCCAACCAUCCCGCCCCCCCCACCCCCCACCAGGCCAGGGUGGGCUGGGCACAGGGGCACAUUAUGUCUCCUCCCCCCGUUGCUCGCUGCUGCCCUCCAGUGGGGACCAGUGAUGGCGGGAGCACCCUCCUAGCAGCCUCAUUUCCCCCCAUUGCAGCAGGCACCUUCCGCCCCUCCCCCUCCUCCCUCCAAGCGUGCUGAGGGUUCAGGUGUGACGGAGGCCUGGUCCGUGCCCAGUGCAGCCCCCUGCAAGCAGGUGCCAAACCACGCGGGUGAUCGAGGCUGCUCCCCUCUCGCUCUGCGGUGUCUAGCUGGAGGGGGCAUCAGCCAGAAAUAUUCAUGGAUCUUGCAGAGGAGGGCAGGGCAGCCCUAUGUGAACCAGACCCCUCCCUUUGCACCCCAGCUCCUGGCCUUCCGGGGGACUCUGUUCUUCAGUUCCCAAACAG